AUGUCUGCCCACGUCCUCCCUCCCUUCCGUGCCGACCACAUCGGCUCGCUCAAGCGCCCCGCCGAGCUUCUCGCCAAGCGCGCCGACUACGACGCCGGGAAGUGCACCCGCGAGGAGCUCAAGGCCGUUGAGGACGAGAUGAUCCGCAAGGAGGUCAAGCGCCAGCAGGAGCUCGGCAUCAAGUCUGUCACUGACGGCGAGUUCCGCCGCCACAUGUUCUGGGAUGGCUUCCACAACAACCUUGAGGGCAUGACUGUUGUUAAGAACCCCGGUCGCGAGCUCUUCAAGAUGUACGUUCCCGACGUCAAGGCGUUCUUCGAGUCGCACGCCGAGAAGCCCGGAGACACCAUGAUCUGCACUGGCAAGCUCGUCCGCAACAAGCCCAUCCCCGAGUUCGACUUCAUGAAGACCCUCGUCAAGCCCGAGGACGUCAAGAACAUCAAGUUGACGCUCGCUGCGCCCGAGUGGUACCACCUCCGCCACGGCGAGCACGCGUACAACCGCGAGGUCUACAAGACCGACGAGGAGUACUUUGGUGACCUUGCCAAGGCGUACCGUGAGGAGCUUGCCGACCUUUACGAGGCUGGAUGCCGCAACGUCCAGUUCGACGACCCUCUCCUCGCUUACUUCUGCGCCACCUCCAUGCUCGAGGGCAUGAAGGCCGAGGGCACCGACCCCGCCAAGGUCCUCGACCAGUACAUCAAGCUCUACAACGACUGUAUCCGGGAUGCGCCGUCCGACAUGACCAUCGGUCUCCACUUGUGCCGCGGUAACUUCAAGGACGGCAUGCACUUCUCCGAGGGCGGCUACGAGCACGUCUCAAAGAAGAUCUUCAACGAGCUCAACGCUCACGCGUACUACCUCGAGUACGACACUGAGCGUGCCGGUGGCUUCGAGCCCCUCGCCGACCUCCCGGCCAACAAGACCGUCGUCCUCGGUCUCUUGACCUCCAAGUUCCCCCAGCUCGAGAAGAAGGACGACCUCGUCAAGCGCAUCCACGAGGCGGCCGACUUUGUCGCCAAGAGCUCGAACCAGACUCGCGAGCAGGCUCUCCAGCGCCUCUGCUUGUCGUGCCAGUGUGGCUUUGCCUCGCACGCGGAGGGCAACCCCGUCUCCUACGACGACGUCGCGACCAAGCUCGGGCUCGUUGUCGAGACGGCCAAGGCUGUCUGGUCGGACGCCUAA